UCUUUUCCCCUUCCCCUCUUCGAAGGCUCAACCCAUCCAUUCCUUUCGACAAACCUCUCUUCACCGGCCAAUCUCUCAAAGGACAGUCGACGAUACCGAACUCAAGAUGCCUGCGACAUCCGUUCCCACCAACGACCAGAUCCUGGUCCCCGAGACUCUCCUGAAGAAGCGCAAGUCUCAGGAGAAGGCUCGUGCUGAGAAGACCGCCGAGGCCGACAAGAAGAAGAAGGCCAACAAGGAGAAGCGUGGCGUCAUCUUCAAGCGUGCUGAGAAGUACGUUCAGGAGUACCGCGAUGCUGAGCGCGAGAAGGUCCGCCUGGGCCGUGUCGCCAAGCAGACCGGCGAGUUCUACAUCCCUGAGGAGGCCAAGCUGAUCUUCAUCAUCCGUAUCAAGGGUAUCAACAAGAUUGCCCCUAAGCCCCGCAAGAUCCUCCAGCUGCUGCGUCUUCUGCAGAUCAACAACGGAGUCUUCGUCCGCGUCACCAAAGCCGUGACCGAGAUGAUCAAGGUCAUUGAGCCUUGGGUCGCCUACGGUUACCCCAACCUGAAGAGCGUCAAGGAGCUCGUCUACAAGCGCGGCUACGGAAAGGUCAACAAGCAGCGCAUCGCCCUGACCGACAACUCCAUCAUUGAGGAGAACCUCGGCAAGUACGGUAUUGUCUGCCUGGAGGAUCUCAUCCACGAGAUCUACACCGUCGGCCCCAACUUCAAGCAGGCCUCCAACUUCCUGUGGCCCUUCAAGCUGUCCAACCCCAACGGCGGUUUCCGCCCCCGCAAGUUCAAGCACUUCAUCGAGGGUGGUGACCUGGGCAACCGCGAGGAGAACAUCAACGCCCUCAUCCGCCAGAUGAACUAAGGAGGCGGAUGCGAUUAGUGUUUACUUUUCGAAUGGUCUUUAUGUGAACUUGGGAAGGGAAACGGAUGGUACUUGGCAUGGAUGCACGGCGUUAAAUUGAGACAAAAAAGUCUGCUUGCUUUCCUCGAGGCUUUUAAUUUUCAUCCUCUCUGUCCAUGUACCCUCGUGUGACUGGUCACCGUUUUUCGUUACUACAGCACCCUCGCGGUAUUCAAAAUCUGAAUACCAAAGGCGUCUUCACUGCCCACACUCGCUUGUAAUCUCGUCCAAUACUCUUCUUCUGUCACCAUACACAAAUGGCAUUCUCUUUGUGCAGUCCA